AACACCUCCGAGAAGUGGCGUAAUAUCCUACUGCGUAACUUUCUGGAGCUUCUAGUUAGAGUGUUCCUCACAGCUGUCCCAUGAGGCGGGGGCAGUUGGGGCUGGAGCGCGUGACGAUGAGGAGCGCCAGGCUUGGGAGGCUGCUUUGGAUGUUCUUCAUCGCAGAAAUACAAGCUGCCACUGAACUACCUGAGGAAAAGUGCAUCCUAGCAGAGGGGGAGACCCUGGAUGUGUACUGUCCUGUCACCGUUGGAGUGUAUUCCAACAGCCGGAAGGCCUGGCAGAAGCUGAAUCAUAAUGGGAAGUUCCAGACGCUGGCAAUCACAGAAAGGGUCUCGGGGCAGGUCAGUAAAGUCCAGAUGGGGAAGAUCUUCCUAACAGAUGAACCCAGUGAGGGCAUGCUGCAUGUCCAAAUGACCAACGUUCAAGCAGAAGACUCAGGACUGUAUCGAUGUGUGAUCUAUCAACCUCCCAAGGAUCCCAUCAUCCUGUUCUACCCCGUCCGCCUGGUGGUGACCAACAAUUCUUCAGGAACCCCUGCCCGUGCUGAGACUCCCACCCAGAGUUGGAUUCCAAUGACCACCCUUCCUCCUACCACCACCACAAACCGGCACCGUCCCAGGCCCAGGACCGUGAGGACUGUGACCCAAUUCCUCACUGAUUUCACUACCAGCCUCUCCUCUCCUGGCCUCAAAGUUACCCUCACAAAUGUGACAGAUAUCACCAGUUUAUAGAUGAGGAAACUGAGGCCAAGGAGGUGAACAGGUCCUGAUGCUGAGGAUGGAAACCAGACGGCCUUGCCCUGGGACCUUUGGGCUCUCUGCUGCAUCACAGCAGGAAGGAGCCUGCCCCCUCUCCCCACACCCCAUCUGGACCUGCAACCUCUGUGAAGUGCAUUUCUCAUCAGUGGUUUCAGGCAAUGCUCAGGGCCAGGGAGUAUGGGGGAAGGAAGGACCCGAGCAGAUAAGAGAAGGACUUUUGCAAGCACUCACAUGUGUGGGAGCAUCCCCGUGGCAGCACUGACUCUCCUCUCUCCCCCAGGGAUAUUGGGAUCAGCAUUAUCCUUCCUGCGGUGUGUGGACUCCUGAGUAAGAGCCUGGUCUUCAUUGUUCUGUUUGUUGUCACCAGGAUGUCAUUUACACCUUAGGCCCAGUGACCCAGGAGAAUGGCCUCUGACCCCCAUCCUCAUCCAUCUGGCAGCUCCACCGGAGUGGGAGGGGGAGGGGGAGGGUGAUAACCGGAGUUGAAUCUGUAACACAGGUGUUUCUAAGGCUCGGGAUCCCACCUUCUUGGCCCCUGAAACGAGCUCCCCUCAUUUCACUGAUAACCUGGGGUGUGCGCUUUACCCUCUCAGGAGAGAAGGUACAGCCCCAGAGGUGCCCAUUCAAUAAAGACACUGCCAAUGCU